AUGCAAAGGGAGAAGGGGCCCUGCUGCCGGUCCUGCCCCUCCCGGCUGCCUCUCACCCCGGCCUCCUCUGCCCCCCACCCCAGCAUCCAGGUGCAGAUCUGCUUCGCCUACAACCAGAGCGCCGGGGACCCCGCCUACAAGGAGCGAAUCACCCUGCUGUACACCCUGGAGGCCGACCGGGACCGGCGCCCGGCACGGGUGAGGUUCGCCGGGUCGCACUCGGCUGUUUACAAAGGCACCUUCCCCAUGCCCGACACCAAGUGCCAGGACCUGCAGCUCCUCCUGCUGGUGAGCAGAGGGCAGUGGAGGCGUCAGCUGCUCGCCCUGCGGUAG